GGCUUCUAACAAUUUUCGUCCAUGGAAAGAACAAAUCAUUUCUGUGAAACCAAACCAUUACAGCUUUGAAUUUGUCACUGUUAUAGUGAUUGGUGAAUGGAAAUCUGAAGAAGCAGAUGUUGCUUCUGGAAUUCAUCGAUGGCUGCAACAAUCGCACGCAGCUUCUCUCCCGCCAUAACUCUUCCUCCCUUUCCCAAAUUUACCCCUCGAAAACCACCUAAUUGACUAAUUCUCUUCUAUGUGCCAACUUCUUCAAGCCAGUUGCUGUGUCCAAGCCAAAUCCUACCCUUGAACUCUCCAGGCUGAAACUUACUCAUGCAACUGCAGUGGCGCAAAAGCCUGCAUCUUGGGCUUGGGCGAUUUCUGCUUGUGAUUCUGGGGCAUAACCAGAAGCAGAAGCGAGUGAUUUGAAAAGGGAUGCAACUAGUGACAUAGAACUGCCUAGAAGAAGUUUGUUAGUUGAAUUUACUUGUGAUGAGUGUGGUGAAACCGUGAAAGAACAAGGAGGCUCAUCAAUCGAUUGGCCUAUAAACGCGGACUUGUUUAUGUAAAUGUUUUUCUGCAGGAUGUGAACAGUAUCACAAAUUAGUUGACAAUCUUGGAAUUGUGGUUGAGUAUGACUUACACGAGGAAAUUCAUAAAGAUGAAGCCUGAUA